AUGAAGCCGGUGUUGCAAGGAGCCCUGGCCUGGAUAUACGCGGGGUACAAGACAGCCUCAAGGGGGCACCUUCUACCAUAUACAAGACAUCAAAAAUUCCAUUCAAGUAGUCUCAUUUCCGAACAAGCGAAACGAGCAAAGGAUCUGAUUAAACUGGUGAACUCAAGUUCGUUGUCUAACUCAGAGAGCCAAUCGCUCGACUGGAGAUCCGAUUUGAAGGUUCCUGAGUGGAAAAGGCAAAAGCUGGCACUCAAAGACAAGUUCAAAGGCCAGCAAUGGAAUCCAAAAAAAAAGCUAUCUCGUGAGCAGAUGGAGAACGUUCGACUGCUGAAGCGCCAUUUUCCGGAGACUAGCGCCACUGAACUUAGCGAGCGGUUCCAGGUAUCUCCCGAGGUAAUACGGCGAAUUUUAAAAUCAAAGUGGCAACCGAAUGAGGAAGAACAAUUACAACUGCAAACACGUUGGAAAAGAAGAAGCGAACGCGUAAAUGAAAUACUUGGUUCGCCAGAGCAUCAAAAACUGCCGCCCAAAAAGUUAGUUCUCGGAUCUGGUCGCACUGAUACUGAUCUUCAAGUGAAAAGCGUCAGAAGGACAGCUGUGAAAGCUGGCAGAAACUCAUCAAGUCCUAAAGGCAAGCAAAAGCUAAAUCUUCUUUCGAAGUUGAUAAGCUAA